GAACGAUCUUGGAGGUUUUUGGCUCGUCUCUCGCGAUUUCAAUUUCGGCUAACGGAUUGCGAUUGCAGUUUGCUGGACGAUGAAGGAUCAGUGAUCGGGAGGAGGAUCUUGGAAAGCUGAAGAAUUUUGGAGUAGUGAAGAACUUUGAAGAGAGAGGAUCAACGAACACUUGCUGGAGAUGAUCAGGCUGCGGUUGUUGACGGCGUUGGGGGUUGUCCUCGGGGUCGUGGCCACGACGGCCCAAGCGACCUCCGGGGAGUCCUGCCCGGAGCAGACGCGACCGCACGCGACCCGUUGCGAUCAGUACUUUCGCUGUGUGCUGCUCCCGUCCAGGACCCACGUCUGGGUGCCGACGCAGUGCGCCAAAGGCUUAAUCUAUGAACCACAGCUCAAGACCUGUGUUUUGCCUGGUGACGACUGGGAGUGCAAUCUGUCAGCGGAGACGGGCACGGACGAAAGCGGCGAGAACGUUUACGGCAUCAACAAUCUGCCGGCGGCCAUUUAUACGGGUCCGACGGCAGCUGCUCCCCCGCCUUCGCCACCGCGACGACGGCCGGAAACGGUUACCGAUGCAAACAUUCCCACCGUCAGCGGGAACAACGAAGGUGGUUACUAUAUAGUAUUGGAUCGCGAUGGAAACAAUCGAACGACGUACUACCAUACGGUUCCGCCGACCGGAAUCCGAGACCGGGACCAGUACGAGGACAACACUAGUGGGGGUUUCACCUACAACUUUGACGACCCGGACGGUGACGAGGAAUCCAGUGGGGACGGACUGGUGCUGCUGGACGUUGACGAGGGACCGGCGACACCGGCUUACGAGACUAUGGAGAAGCACUCGACGACGGCGAUGGGGGUUUUCAGCGAAAAGACAACCGAGCUGUCGAAGAACGAGCUGAACUCGUUUUUGGCGGACUACACGCUGAAGGCGACGGGAAGUACGCCGACACCGACGACAACCGUGACGACGAAGACAAGGACCAAGACCAAGACGAAACUUCCGCUGCCAGCGGACGGGAAGAUUCACCCGGAACACCUGACGGCAAUACUGACUCAGCAGAAGAAGCUGAAUCGGAUAGCUUCGCGACUUAAGCUCAAGGAAGACCCGACCGGUGGAGUAGGGGACAAGUCUCCGUUUUCGGAUCAACCGGUGUUUACGAGCCGUCCGGAGGGGUCGGUCUUGUUUAACGUGGCGCCGCAGCGAAUCCCGGAAGAGACGCAGACCCACAAGUCUCCGUUUAUGUCGGAAGAUGUGAUCAGAAGCAUAAUUGAGAUUUCGAAGCAAAUGAUGGCUCACCAGAAGACUCAGAGCCAGGAGGAGAUGUACGUGAAGCCGAUCUUCAUUCCGAUUUCAGUGAGCUCCGCCACGCAAGAUUUCACCCCGAACAAACCGAGCAAGAUCAUGUUCCACCAGCUGUUUCCAUCGCUUUCCAACAACACCUCUCAGUUUAGCGCUAAACCGAUUGGUAUUACUAUAACGAACCCUUAUACUCUAGGUCAAGCGACAAUCUACGACAAUUUGCGCGAUCAGGUCAUGAACGAUUCGCAGUACUACAACUACCAGGCCACCAUGGCCGAUGUCUACGGUAACCGUUACCAGUCGGGGCCGUCGCCGCCGCAAUCCAUGCCGAACGUCCCCAUGUAUCCGUACCCACCGACGAUGGCCUACCCGGUCUUUAGCCAGCAGCAAAGCUAUCCCAGCUAUCCCGCCCCAGCUCCAUACUACAACCCACCACAAGCCCAACAAAAAUCCCCUCAACAAGCCCUCCUGAACCGACUACGAAACACGAUCGGCUACGAACACGUCGAGUCCCAAUCCAACGAGAACGUCAUCUCCGACGAGCAAGACGCCGAAGAGGACGAUUCGCCCAUCUCGGUCGAACUUCCCGAGAAGCAAGCGACCGCCACGAUCAACCUCCAAAACUCCAACGAAGCCAACGGCGACGAAGACGACGUCGAGGACAUGAUGGAAACCAAAAAGCUAAUCUCCGUUGGCGGAGCCACUCUCAACUUCAACGACUACAAGGACAGCAUCCUCCCUCUACUGGACGCCAACCCGGACGAUGUCCGCAUCUCCGUGCUCACGUGCAGUCUCGGCUCACGCCAGCCAAACAAGACCGACUGCACCAAGUACUACGUGUGUAACCCCCACAACGGAGCCUUCCAGUCCUUCACCUGCCCCUCAUUCACCGCCUUCAACGCCGAAAGCCGCGUCUGCGACAUGGCCACCUUCAAGAGUUGCCAGGCCAGACCCAACAGCCCAACACCCCCCUCAACCGCCCUCUCCCGACUAGCCCAGCAGCACAAGCUCAAACAGAAGAUCAACUCCGACACCAGCAAACUCCAAAGCGAACUCAUGGCCGCCCACAAGUACGUUGACCUCAUCAAACACCAAGCCAUCAAGAUCCUCAGCCGAACCAAGGCCACCGAAACCCUCGCCGCAGACGACGAAGACGUCGAGCUCCUCACCGAGCUCGCCGCGAUCAACCCGACCGCCAUCUCCCCAACCAUCACAACCCCAGGGCUAACCUCAACCUCAACCACGACCACCGCUUCGAAGAAGCGAACCAAGCCCAAACGCAAGCACGCCAGCACGCACAAGAAGCGACCAACGGCGACCAAGCGGAUCAAGGGCAAAACGGCCGCAACGAAGAGCGUUGGUACGACGACAACCACGGUGGCGCCAACGACGACCCCGGUGCCGAAAGCGCCCAAGUGCAAACAGAACGGCAAGAUCCCCGACCCGGCGGUCAAGUACAACUACUACGUGUGCUACAAGGCGAAUCCGAAGAAGUUCAUCAAGACGCGGAUGGCCUGCCCGAACAAGCUGGUGUACUGUGCCAAGACGGAGUACUGUACGUUUGAGAAGAACUGCAAGGACUGAGUGAGGUGGGAGUGUGAUGAUCCGAUGCGAUCCGAUUGUCUGUGUAUUAUAGGUUGGAUUAGUUAAUUUAUUUAUUUAAUAGUGAUUUAUGUUUAAUUUAUUGAGAAACAAUAAAGAAU